AAGACAAAGGUUACCAAUGUGUGGCUGGUGAAUCUGGCCAUAGCCGACCUGAUCUUCUCCAUCACAAGAGUCCUUUCCCUGAUUAAGAAGCUCUGCUUCGAAUACUGGCCCUUUGGAGUUUUCCUCUGCAAAUUCAACGGCUUCUUCAAAUACGCCAACAUGUUCUGCUCCGUCUUCCUGCUGGCUGUCAUCAGUCUGGACAGGAUGCUGUGUGUCUGGAGGCCCGUCUUUACAAAGCGACGACGUACCCUGUGUGCUGCCAGGGUGGUGACGGUUUGCGUCUGGAUCGCAGCGAUCCUCUUCAGCAGUCCCUACUUUUUCUACCGCCAAGUCUACCUGGGAAAGAACAACAUGAGCAAAUGUUCCAUGGAGGUGAAGGAGAAGAAGGAGGGAGACAUCACCAUCAAAUAUGCUCUGUAUUUAAACAGGUUCCUGUGUGGCUUUGUUUUUCCUUUCAUGGCCAUUCUUAUCUGUUACAUCAUGACCGGCAUCGGCAUCCGACGCACACGUUUUUCAGGAAAGUCACGCCCCCUUCGUAUACUGGCAUCGCUGGUCAUUGCGUUUUUCUUGUGCUGGGGUCCUUACCAUUGUCUGCUGCUUGUGAAGAUGGUGGAUAAAAAAAAUCCAGUGUUGAAAAUAUGGCAGCCUUUGGCGAAUGGCUUUGCCUAUUUUAACAGCUGUGUUAACCCGUUAUUGUACUUCUGCAUGGGGCUGGAUGUAAAAGGUCAGUUUAGACAAAGUAUGAUGGGUAUUUACAAGAAAGCUUUUGCUGAUGACUUUGAAGGUCAGACGAGUCAGUCUAACGACCGCUCUCUGGAUGAAUCCAUUGCAUCAAAAAUCAGUCAUGCUGUGGUGACGGAAAGAACUCCAGUUUAAUUCAUGCAAUUCAGAGUUAUAAGAAACUACUUAUGGAAAUUAUUCUAUAUGUUGAAAUGUCUUCCAGGCUUCUAACAGCACAAUUUCAGCACAUUUUGCUAUCAAAGUUGCAGACUUUUACUUAGUUGUUACUUAGCUGACCAUGGUACUCUGGUUUUACCAUGGUAAUCAGGUUUGAUAGCUCAAAAGAAUAAUGUGUAUGUUCAUGGUUCUUGAAAUCUAAAAUAGAACUUUAAAAGGGUGAAUAGACUGAACAAGACACAUUCUCACUAUUUUAUAUCUUAUUCCUAGAGGAAGAAGCUUUAGUUUGGCUCUGAGGGUGUUUUUUCUACACAAAUUGACUCAACAGUUUAACUUUUAAGUUAACUUUUGAGUCAAUACUUCUAAGGCAAAUUUUUUCUCUGACAUUGAUCUCUUACAUGAAUAGAUCUGACAAUGUAUUAUAUUUGUACACAUGCUACUUGUGGACCGACAUGUGUCAGAAAUAACCAUGUAAUGCAAUACAUCUUGCAGUGUUAAAUGGCUGAAAUGAAGUAAUUUUAAAAAGCACAUUUUCUAUGUAAGCAGCAGACAGAAAUUCCAAAAUGUGCUUUUUAAAUUAAAUAACAUGUUUAAUAAUAUUUUUUUUUAAUAAUUAUCCACCGUUAACAUAACAUAAAAACUAUGUUAAAACUAGCAACCACAUAAUGGAAAAAAAAAUUAACAACAAAAAAGCUUUUACAAUUCACAUUCUUACUGAACUUGGAUGCAGAGUUUCCUCCGAAAGGUGUAUGAGUUGUUUUGGUGCUUGUGAUCUAAGUCACAGAGAAAAAGUGGAAGUGUAAAGUCUGGAGGAAUAGGAAUUAAAAAUAAGAGAGGGAAGUAAAACUAUAACAGGAAACCCAGUAAUAGUCAUGAUUCUGUCUGUUUUUAUAGAGCUCAAAGCAAACAGAUGAACUGAAACUGUACAGAAAGUCCACUGUUUUUCAAAAGAAUACAUAUUUUGGUUUCAAGUGCAUGUCUUUUUUUGUUUGCCUCCAUUUAAUGUGCCUUGUAGAGUUUCAGUUACUAUUUACACCAGUUCAACGUCACUAAAGUCUAUUGAACAACAAGCUGAAGUCAAGAAUCUGGUGAUCUCUAACUAAAAGCUCAUUAAGCAGUGUAGCAGGAAAAGAUGUGCAGAGUUCUUACAUAUCAUUUGGAAAUAAGGGUGACUGUUUAUCUAUCUGAUGCAUAUUUAUGUUUUUCUGUAGCACCAUUCUGAUGUGUUGCUAUAUUUUAAAUGAGAAUAUGUAAGAAAGUUAGAGCUCUGUGUUUAUUUCUGUAAGCUCUGUGUUUAUUUCUGUAAGCUCUGUGUUUAUUUCUGUAAGUUAUUCAAAUAUCAAAUCAUAUAAUGGUGUAAAGACAUAAUAAAAAUAUUUAAACAAUU